AUGAAUAUUACUGGUGCUGCUACAAAUAAAGUGCAACACGGUGAAUUUCCUAGUGUUAGCAAGUCUUUUAUCGAAUCAGAGAUCAUUCCAGAAUUACAGCAAUGGUCUCUGUGUAAUGGGUUAGUCUUAACCUCGAAUGAUGGCAACGGUAAUGUCGCUAAAGUUGCUCCAACAACUGUCUUCCCAACUCCAAUCCCACGUAAAGCUUUCGAACAAGCCAAGCUUUUACAAAAGUCAUUUAAUCAAUUAUAUGCACAGAUCUCGAAUUCAGAAUGGUUGGUUGAAGAAUUAGAACAAUUAGCUGCUGUGGAUCCAGAGUUCACCGGCAAAUUGUUUAAACUUUUUAAAGAAUACACCUUAAAAUCUAAACAAACAACUAAAUUCGGUAUCUUUAGAUCAGAUUACUUGGUUGACCGAAAAUCUCAGUCUAUCAAACAAGUCGAAUUUAACACUGUAUCUGUUUCAUUCCCAGGUUUAUCUAGUAAAGUUGGAGAAUUGCAUUCAUUCUUAAAUGCUAUGGGUAAAUACGAUAACAAGGGGGAUCCAUUUUAUCAAGCAGGAGAAUUGCAUGUCUCAGAAUCAAUCGUCUUUGUGGUUAGAGGUAUUGCAAGUGCUAUGAAUCUUUAUCAAGUGGAUACUUCGAAUAAAGUUAGAGAACAAGAUGAUAAAAUUGUUUUGUUUGUUGUUGAAGAAAAUGAAUCUAAUUUAUAUGAUCAAAAAUUGAUUGAAUAUAAUUUAUUGAAAAUUUAUGGUAUUAAUUCUGUUAGAUGUCCAUUUAAAGAUAUCAAAACUCACUUUGAAUAUAGUACCGAGAAUAAAAGGUUGAUUCAUAAAACAACUAACCGCGAAGUUGGUGUUGUUUACUACAGAACAGGAUAUGAUCUCGCUGAUUAUAUUGAUACUUCGGCAUGGGAAACUCGUGGUUUCUUGGAAGAAUCAUAUGCUAUUAAAGCACCAGAUUUAUCCAUUCAAUUAGCUGGGGCAAAGAAGAUUCAACAAUCUUUGACUAGGGAAUCCAUCAUAUCUAAAUAUGUCGAUGAUUCUAUUGUCAAGAAGCAAUUGAUGGAGACAUUUGUUAAGAUUUACCCAUUGGAUGAUUCUUCAGAAGGUUUGAAAGGUCAAAAAUUGGUAAUGGAAACUCCAGAAAACUAUGUUUUGAAACCACAAAGAGAAGGUGGCGGUCAUAAUGUUUAUAAAAAAGAUAUUCCUGAAUUCUUAAACAAAUUACCAAAGGAACAAUGGAAGGCAUACAUUUUAAUGGAAAUUAUUGAUACUGCUUCUAGAAAGGAAAACUACAUUGUUCGUGAUGGUAAAUUAUCUAGUGAACCAAUUAUUAGUGAAUUGGGUAUCUAUGGUACCAUUGUCUUCGAUAAAAAUCAUAUUUCUAAGAAUGAUUAUAGUGGUUCUUUAUUAAGAUCCAAAUUAAUGACUUCUAACGAAGGUGGUGUUGUUGCAGGUUAUGGUUGUAUUGACAGUAUGUAUUUGUUCUAA